UUUAUGGAAAAGGAAAUAAGAUCCAACAACUUAGCCGUAUACGACUGUGUCGAAAUACCCGAGGCACCUGCUCCAAGAGAAAUGAUCGACAUGGAAACUACCUUCGAUAAACUUGCAAAUGAAGCAAGCGAGGUUAAUUCCAGCCUCGAAAACCUUAAGAAAACGUACUUUGAACUCCAAGAAAUGAAACAUCUUUUACGCAAGACACAAAUAUUUUUCGAGGAGGUAAUUCCAUUAUACCCUUGUCCUUUACGUCGAUUCUCGACGGCCGGUGUCAUCCAUCGCGAGAAGUUACCGGCGUUCGAACGGAUGCUUUGGCGUGCAUGCAGCGGUAACGUAUUCUUAAAGCAGGCGGAAAUUGAGCUACCACUGGAGGAUCCGUUGACUGUACGGCAUCUUUUUACGCAUUGA